AUGCCAGGUAAAACUACUCAAAUGUCAAGCUCCCGCAAAACGGGGAAAAUUUGUACAGCUUGUAAUCGUGAUUUGCCUGAGACAUGUGGACCAGCUCCAGAAUUUGUUACAAUAAGAAAAUCAGCUGCACCUGCUAAAUCCCCAAAACCAACAGUUUCGAAGAAAACAUCGACUACAAAAUCUUCAUCUCAAAAGAAAACUAGCAAAGCAGUUUCAAAGCAAACCUCGACAAAGAAACCCGCAUCUCCAAAAAAAAUUGACAAAAAGGCAUCUCCAAAGAAAACGGUAAAAAAGUCGACACCCGCAUCUAAAACGUCUUCCAAACCAAAGAAAACUGUCGCGCGAAAGAAGACUCCUUGUGAGAUGGGACAAUGUGGAGACUACAGCUCGGACUGCUCUUCACAUUCCUCAGACUGCAGCUGCAGUAGCUGCUGUUCAUCAGAUGAGCCCGAAUACAACGGCAAAUGCAAGAAGUGUUAG